CGCAGCGACGAUGCGUAAGUUGAAGGGCGUGAGCUCACAUGGUGCCGGUGCAGCUGAAGCGCCUGGUCCUAUGGGAAUGCGCGCGGUGCGGAAGAUGUGAGCCGCGGGAGACACAGAUGGAAGGGGCGGAGACUUCUGCUAGACUGCUUUCCGAAUGCCUAUUUUCGCCCCGUUCGCUGGUACAAAAGCUGUUUGUGUCUCAUUUCAUUUCGUUUUUCCGCUUCCCGCCUCGCCUACUUCGUCCAGCCGCUUCGCAUCUCGCUGCUCCAUCCUCGUCGUUUUCAUUCUCCGCAUCUACCAAGUCUACGUCCAUCUUGAUGUUUUCCUGUCGUCCCUACUCCAUGUCCCUCGCUCCGGGUUCCUUCCGCCCAUAUACUCCAGAAUCCCCUCCACAGUCCGCACGUCUGUGCACCACAGCUCAGGAUCUAGGCUCACGCAUACCGAUUCGCCCGUUCUAACGCACCGUGCGCACCUCUCGCACUAGGCACGGAUAGAGCACACCGCAGGCCUGCAUACCCACCGUCCCAUCUCACGCCAAGCAAUCAGCCAACCAUAUACACCGUAACACAUAUCUCUUACAUACGUAUAUCUGGCUUGUACGUUUCUCAUGUCGCAUGUCCCUGUCAUGACCGUUCCGCAUAUUUCUAUAUAUAUGUGUUUCUUUCUUCCUGAC